GUGGCUCUUUCUCUUCUUUUUCUAAUUUGCCAGAUGAUGAACAGGAGAAGAAGAAUUGCCCAGCAACUUCUGGGACAACCUGGGCAGGAACUCAAAACCAAGCAAGAAAACAGAGAAUUGAAAAUCAGAGUGGGCAGGCAUGGACUUCACAUGAAAGAAAUCACGCAGGGGAGAAGCCACAUCAAUGCAUCUCACCUCAGUAGACAUCAGAGAACACAUGCAGGGGAGAAGCCAUAUCAAUGCAUAGAAUGUGGGAAGAGCUUCAGUCACACUGGUAACCUUAGGUCACAUCAAAGAACUCACACUGGGGAGAAACCGCAUAAAUGGAUGGAAUGUGGAAAGAGCUUUAGUCAGAGUGGUGUCCUUAGGUCACAUGAAAGAACUCACACUGGGGAGAAACCGCAUAAAUGCAUUGAAUGCGGAAAGAGCUUUAGUCAGAAUAUUCACCUCAGGUUACAUCAACGAACUCACACUGGGGAGAAACCGUAUAAAUGUAUGGCAUGUGGAAAGAGAUUUAGUGGUAGUGGUGCCCUUAGGUUACAUGAAACAACUCACACUGGAGAAAAGCCAUAUAAAUGCAUGGAAUGUGGAAAGAGUUUUAGUCACAGUGGUGUCCUUAGGUUACAUCAAAAGACUCACACUGGGGAGAAACCGCAUAAAUGCAUGGAAUGUGGAAAGAGUUUUAGUCACAGUGGUGUCCUUAGGUUACAUCAAAAGACUCACACUGGGGAGAAACCGCAUAAAUGCAUGGAAUGUGGAAAGAGUUUUAGUCACAGUGGUGUCCUUAGGUUACAUCAAAAGACUCACACUGGGGAGAAACCGCAUAAAUGCAUGGAAUGUGGAAAGAGUUUUAGUCACAGUGGUGUCCUUAGGUUACAUCAAAAGACUCACACUGGGGAGAAACCGCAUAAAUGCAUGGAAUGUGGAAAGAGUUUUAGUCACAGUGGUGUCCUUAGGUUACAUCAAAAGACUCACACUGGGGAGAAACCGCAUAAAUGCAUGGAAUGUGGAAAGAGUUUUAGUCACAGUGGUGUCCUUAGGUUACAUCAAAAGACUCACACUGGGGAGAAACCGCAUAAAUGCAUGGAAUGUGGAAAGAGUUUUAGUCACAGUGGUGUCCUUAGGUUACAUCAAAAGACUCACACUGGGGAGAAACCGCAUAAAUGCAUGGAAUGUGGAAAGAGUUUUAGUCACAGUGGUGUCCUUAGGUUACAUCAAAAGACUCACACUGGGGAGAAACCGCAUAAAUGCAUGGAAUGUGGAAAGAGUUUUAGUCACAGUGGUGUCCUUAGGUUACAUCAAAAGACUCACACUGGGGAGAAACCGCAUAAAUGCAUGGAAUGUGGAAAGAGCUUUAAUCAGAGUGGUAGUCUUAGGAUACAUGAAAGAAUUCACACUGAGGAAAAACCGUAUAAAUGCAUAGAGUGUGGAAAGAGUUUUAGUCAGAGUUAUCACCUUAGGUUACAUGAAAGAACUCACACUGGGGAGAAACCAUAUAAAUGCAUGGAAUGUGGAAAGAGUUUUAGUCACAGUGGCGGCCUUAGGAAACAUGAAAGAACUCACACUGGGGACAAACCAUAG